AGCACAAUCACAUCACAUCACAGAAAAAGAUAUCAGCAAGAACACCAUCACCAUGCGGUAAACCACCACCACCAGCAGGUCCUCCACAGGCUUCCUUUUCCCCUUUGAAUCCUUCAGCUCUACCUUCACAGGUUGAUCUGAACUUUAAAGCAACUUCACGCUCUAAGAGUUCACUCUUCUCCAUCAACACUUCUACGCUGGAUUUUCCAGUCACCACGGCUUCACCUACACCAUGGCUUCCCUCCAGUUCCCCCAGCCUGCCGGCAGUAUCCGCGCAUCAAACACCCUGUCACUCUCUGCAGCAGGACUUUGUCUUGUUCGACCAGCCUACACAUCCCAACAACCUGCCUAAACGUGCACUACACAACCUGACAGGUUUACGCUUACCAAACCGCCGCCACUCGUCUCAUCAACAGCACCAGUCCGAACACACUAGCAUCUCCAUUCAAUCGAAAUCGCAACUAUCUGCUGCUGGAAACGGAUAUCUCAAUUUAAGUCCCUCGGAUCGUCCCUCCUCUGCCAACAUCGCCGGAUCAACACGCGGUUCAGAUCAAAACACGUCUGGAAGCUCACGUCAAACUUUGCGACUAGUUCGCCCACCAGUUCCACUAUUCGCAGAGAGCACACCCAGCAUUCCGCAACCUGAUUCUGCGAACAUGAACAUCGCGGAUUUCGAAGAAUUCACCGGGUUCGAGGGUGGGGCAUCGACUGCCUACUCGUCGCCCAGCGCGCCUUCCGUGUUCGAUAUGCCGAGUGGAUCCCACAACAUCGGUACUGUUUCCCCACAGGACCUCUUAAUCCAGGAUCCAUACAUGUCUGCGCCGAACUCAACGGCAUUCACAGCCUUGACGUCGCCUUCGCCGUUCGAAUCGCCAGAAUAUAUGGAUGGCUAUGACGUGUCGCCAAACUUUGGAAGCUCGGGAGAAUAUGAUGUGGCCGGCAGCCAGUGGUUCUCACUUUUCCCUGACCAGAACGCGAGUGUCGAGACAACGGGGGCGGAACAGCCGCUCGGGGACAGAGUCCAGAACAGCACGGUAAGCGAGUGCCCUCGCCGUAAAUCGAGUGGCUCGCCUGCUUCUGGGCGGCACUCGUCAGUGGCUGGCGUCAACGCGAGGAAGCGAGACAAGCCCCUGCCACCCAUCGUUGUUGAGAAUCCAGAUGACGUUGUAGCGAUGAAACGCGCUCGCAACACUCUGGCAGCCCGCAAGUCUAGGGAGCGUAAAAUGCAGCGGUUCGAGGAUCUGGAGGAGAAGAUUCGCAAGUUGGAGGCGGAACGUGAUCACUGGAAGACCUUGGCUUUGGGUCAGUCAACCAGCGACUAGGAGGUUUCCUACAUUCUGACUUUUUGGGGGAACUGGAGUUCUAUUUGUCUAUAGUUUAGCUAGUGCAGUAUUAUAUGAAUAUACCUAGUAGUAUAUGAAGAGUCGAUGAUUCCUUAGGAAUC